UCCUGAUUUAAGCAAUAAUCAAGGUACCCUCUGAUUGUCUUCCAGGUAGCCCAGCAAUGUCCAUCUCAGCUCUCUUACUGCUUCUGCUCUGCUGGAUCCUGCUGCAUUCUUCCACCCAUUCAAUGAGCAUUGAUCUGGAGGAUCUGGCCUUUGACAACACAAUGGUCAUCACCCACAGCUCUCCAUGUAGCACCACCUGUGGCCUGGGCAUCCGUACUCAGCAGCUCUGUCCUUUGGAGACCGAUAGCAAACCUAAUAGUAAGGCAUGCCAUGUUCGACAGGUCCAGUGCUUGGACAACUGGCAGUGUGGCCUUAGGAUUCAGACUGCUACUGCAGGACAGCGCCUCGAGCUGGACUGUCUUGAGGAAGUCAUGGAUGCCAUGGGCUACUUCGCCUUUGUGGUGUCAUGGCGUUUUGCCCGUGGGAUCAUCACUACAAAUAACCGUCUCUUUUCCCGCCUUGACAAUCCAGGCUUAGACCGACUAAUUCUGGACCCAGUGAAAGAGGAGGAUGCUGGGACAUACUGCUGUGAUGUGCUGGAUCCAUCCUACCACAGAGUGAAGAGGCUUUAUAAUGGAGUAAAGGUUAUAUCUUCAAAAGUGCUGAGUUUGGAUUUCACUAAGGGGUUGAGUCAGUGGGAGAAACCAGAAGGCCAGUUGGAAAAUGGAACUGUUGUUACUGGGAAACUAUAUUCAAGCAGCACAGUGAGAAACAUGGUGCUUAUCAGUAUGUCUACAUCAAUCGCAGUGGCCGUGGUCGUCUUUCUGGCUCUGUAUGCUUUUACUUAUUGGAAAAGGCCGAAAAAGAGAGUUGAUUUUAAUGAGUGUUUAGAAAAUCUUUAAUUAGUUAGAGUUGAAUUACCUUCACACGUCUGAAAUAAAAACAAAAAAAACAAUGCAAUAUAA